GGAAGGAGGUUUUUCGUAACCGGCUGGACAGUACACACGGAGCCUACUCGAACACAGUGCAAGAAUAAGCUACACAAUGUGAGCCAGCGCGCCCAUUGAUGGUUGACACAGUUUCCUCCACCUCCUCCGCCACAACUGCCCACGUGAGCCACCACUGUUGUGGGCGGAGGGAUUCAAGCAGGCAGAAAUUGAUUGUUGGGUAUUUUUGAGCUCCCUCUAUAUUUGUCAGCUUUUGUCAGAGUCGACAAGAAGACACAGGCCUCUCCAGAGCAAAAGCAAAGCAUGCAAUAUGCAGUUUAGGCUGGCUGCAUUGAUCGGCACUAUCCAAUCAUCUGUGAAGCAAUGUGUCUUUUCAAAGGCAUUUGACACUAUCGGCUGAUCUGUUGGCUACACCACACAGCGCAGUGCUGACCCCUUCCGUGGUAGCUGUGUGAGGUAAGCCAUGCGGGGCUUUCACUCCAAGCUGGACGGGUCGUCUGCGGGCCUCACGGUGCCGCUGAGCCUGGCAGUGGAGACGGAGAAGGCCCAGGCGCUGCUGCAGACGUUCAGCACGGCGUCCCUGUUGGCCAGCGCUGGACUCGGCCUCUUCUGCCCGCUGGCCGACCACGUGCUUCAGACGCCGUUCGUGCUGCAACAUGUGUGGCUGCGCGCCCUGCUGGACAACGGAGUCCACGGCAUCAUCGGACUCUGGUCCUGGGCCAUCGUCAUCGGCCUGCGGAAGAAGAGUGACCUCUACGAGGUGGCCCUGGCCGGGUUCCUGGCCUCCGUCAUUGACCUGGACCACUUCUACCUGGCCGGAUCGCUGUCACUCAAAGCUGCGCUGAACUUGCCCCACCGGCCGCCGCUGCACUGCUCGACGCUGAUCCCGGUGCUCUGCUUCUCCCUGCGGCUGCUGAUGUGGUUGCUGCGUCUGAAGGACUCGUGGUGCUCGCUGCCCUGGAUGCUCUUCGUGGCGCUGGCCUCGCACCACGUGCGCGACGGCACGCGCCACGGUCUGUGGCUCUGGCCGCUCGGACACACGGCGCCCAUCUCCCACUGGCUCUACGUCAGCAUCACCGCCACACUGCCCCACCUGUGCUCCGUGCUCAUGUACCUGACCGGCACGCGCGACAUGAUCUCCACCAAACACGGCGUCGCCAUCGACGUCUGACAAGAGGGAAAGGAGUCUUGCGCAGAACAC